GCUGCACGUCUAUGGUGGCUGGAUCUUCGAGGGCGCUUUCAUAUCACGCGUCGGUGCGUGAACAUCACGCAGCGUCGGCGUGAGACUUAUUUAUACUGUAUAAUUACCCUCGUCGACAUACUAACAUUCAUAUCGACGGGAUCGAUGGAUUAUCUGCCACUAACUUAAUUUGUGUAAACAAAAGUAAGCGAAUUGGCCAUUAUAGUUGAUUAGAUGUCUAGAAUUGGUGUUGUGCGAUGCGCAAGCGCAGCGCGACCGGCGCCGGGCGCUCUGAGCCUCUGACCGUAUCAACAUUCAACUCAUUCGUCUCACGCACUGGCAUCGGGCGGCCGUGCAUACCGAUAUAUCAUUCCGAAUAUAGUAACUACCCGCAAAAAUAAUUUUAUUAACAUAAAAAAUAAAUUAAAAUAUUUAGAAAGUCCUAAAAGCGAAACGGAACGAUAUUUUAAUCAGGCUUAUACUGUGGAAUAUUUUACUUUGGUGUCUGAAUAAAAAAUAAGCGCAGUGUUGUUGAACAUAUAUAUUGUUGUGGGACAGUUGAGGAAUAAUAGUGCUGUUAAAGACAGAUCGUGUGCAAAAAUUAAACAAUAUAUGAGUUCACAGGAAUUACAAAUGUCACUAGAACACCAAAUCCCGCUGAUGAAAAAGACGCAGAUGAGCAGUGAUCGCACCGGGUCGCCGUGCGGCUUGACAUCAUUGCUGCCGAUGUCGUGUCGCGGUCGUGCCGCCGCGUUCGCUCGGGACUUACAUUCACGACUACGCAGUCUCGGAGCUACUGAAGAAGAUGAAUCUGAAAAUAGGUGGCUUACUACUGGCGAUAAUUCUGUCCAUCAACCAACCAGCUCCACACACGUGCAACAGGACAUAAAAACCUUUUAUGAUUUUGAACUUGAAUGCGAAAGUCCGUCUAGUCCUACAGAUGCAUAUGAGCCAUCAUAUCUAGGAAGACAACAUGAAAAUACAGAUCCGACUUUUUAUGAUGUUGAUACAGAUCCACAACUUAAAGAACAAAGUAAAUUAAUGCUCAAACAACCAGACAAAGAUAAAAAUGGGUUCAAAUUUUCUACAGCAUUCUUUUCGGAAUCCCCCGUUAAACUACAACCUGUAUCGAGAGAAAAUGGUAAUGACAAACCUCUAUAUUCUCCAAUAACUUUUGAGGGUUGUUCUCGGCAAAACAGUUACGAUGAAAUUGAUUCUGCGCUACAGCUCACCUCCCCAAAAGCGGCAGAUCGAUUAAGUAUGAUUCAUCAGUCAAAUUCAGGUAUAGAUAGCGACUCAGAAUUUGAAUCAGCAAAAAGUGAUCCCUCUGAUCCUAUCGAUGAUUUACAUCAAUCUGCACAGUGUGAUAUAACCGAUGCUGUUGAUAAUUUGUCAAUUACUGAUACUGAUACGCUCAACGAAGAAGAUUUUUUAACAGGAAACGUUGAAAAUCUGAAUUUAAACGACUUAAACGAAAGUAACGUCUGUGUAAGUAAUGGUUUAGCAGAAAUAGUUACCAGUGAAGUUCCUAUCGAUAAAGAAAUAUCACCUACUCCUGAAAUUAAUCCUUCAUUGCUUAAAGCGGAGACAAAAGCGGAAGAUGAAUCAGAAGAUGAUAAGCCGCAACGAGUUCGUAGAUGCUCUUCUCUAAAAAGUGGAAAAACGCCACCCGGAACGCCGGGUCGAAAAAAAAUCGUGCGAUUUGCCGAUGUGUUAGGACUCGAUUUGGCUGAUGUAAAGACAUUUAUGGAUGAAAUACCAGUUAUUCCAAAAUCUGCUUACGAUGAUCUUAGUGGUUGUGACGUACAAAGUUCGCCACCGGCCCGACCUGCCUCGCGCUUCGGUGCUUUAACAUUAGUUCCUUUAUUCCAACUACCACGCGAUGUCACUGAAAAAUUAGAAAAACAAAAUGUUUGUUUGGAAAGCUCGCGCGUCUGCGACGGAGUUCAUGUUACAAUAUGCGGCUCUGUUCGAGUACGAAACUUAGACUUUCAUAAGACUGUACACAUUCGCUACACUAUGAAUCGUUGGAAGACAUUCACAGACUUACAGGCGAUGUACGUGCAAGGGUCAUGCGAUGGUUACUCAGAUCGUUUUCAGUUUGUGUUAUAUGCACCAUGCAUUUCAUCGGGGCAGAGAUUAGAAUUGGCUGUGAGAUUUCAAUGUAAAGGUCAACAAUUCUGGGACAGUAACAAUGGAGCUAACUACGCUUUCGAUUGUUUAGCGCUGGGCGCAGUGUCAUCCACACCUUCGUCAUCAGGGACACUGCACCCCUCCGUGGACUGGCAUCCGUCCUUCUACUGAAUCAGUGUCAUAACACGGAAGGUGUAUAGUUCAUGUCGAGCGUCGGUAGCGAUUCAAAGCGAGAAGUCCGGCAGGUCUCGGUCCGACUGCGUGUCCUCAAGCGGCUCGCGGAAACGAACGUAGCUGAUCACAUUCCUGUGCCUGUAUUAACUGCUGCGGCGCGUCCAUCGAGGGCUAAGGAAGAAUGAUUGAGGCUUGCGUCGUAUAAUUUUUGUGAUAUACAAUUUAGAUUAGGCGUAGGAUAUAUAACUACGAGUUGACUCGUGUAGAGUGCCAUUUGCCGCAACAAUUUCCUUUGUAGAGUUUUACGUAGGUACUAUUACUUUGUAAUACGGUGUCCUGUGGACGAUAAAGAAGCAAUACUGGGUACCGAGGAGUGUGUAGAUAGCGAGGCGUGAGCCGCCCUCUGUUCCUGUGUAAAUAUAUCGAGAGAUAAAUUCUGAAUGAUAUUAAUUUAAAUAUUAAUAUUUUAAUAAGUCUUUUUACGAAACUGUAGCCGUAUUAAAUAUCUUUAUCUCAAGAAAACGUUUAGCUGGUGAGGUUUUAUUCACGUUAACUACGAAAUUAGAUAAAUAAAUAUAUUGAUAAAAAAAUUAAAUAUAUGACAGAAUUAGCUAUUGUUAGGUUUUUACAAUAUUUUAUGAAUUGUUACAAUAGUUAUCUACAUCGAUGUCAGUUACUAAUUAAGUGUCCUUAGUGGCAUCUAUAAAACUGUCUGUGCUCGAUAAUGUUAUUAAAUCGAUAUAAUAUUUUAUAUUUUUAUAAUUACAGAAUCAUGACAAAUCGAUUCAUAUCUCAUCACACACGAGAAUUUAGAUAAACUGUUAUAUCGGUCCCUGAGAAACUAUUUUAAAAUGAGACUAAUUGAAAUUACUAAUAAUAUUUAUUACUAUGUUUUUUAUUUUGUAUGUACCUGAAAUUUUGUAAUGUGGCCAUAUUAAUAAUUAUUUUAUAGAACGAGAACCCUAUUUUAUUAUUUUAUAUUGUUACAUUUGACACCUGUUUUAGCAAUAAAUCUUCGAAUAAAUGAAUGUGCAUAAUAUUUACA